UUGCUCCCACUGAUCAUUGGCCGUCUCCGCCGCCGCCGCCGCCACCGCCGACGACGAUAAUGGAGGAAGGCCAAGCCAACAUCAUCAUCUUCCCCUUCAUGGCUCAAGGCCACAUCAUCCCCUUCCUCGCCCUCGCCCUUCACCUCGAGAACAAGCUCAGACGCCUCCCCAACCUCACCAUCACCUUCCUCAGCACCCCUCUCAACAUCGCCGAACUCCGCUCCUCCCUCCCUCCCUCAGCCGCCAUCCGCCUGGUCGACCUCCCCUUCCGCCCCUCCGACCACGGCCUCCCCCCGGACGCCGAGAACACUGACGCCCUCCCCUACCCCCUCGUCGUCCGCCUCCUCCACGCCUCCACCUCUCUCCAAGAUCCCUUCCGCGACCUCCUCCUCGGCCUUGUCGCCGGCGGCCGGAAGCCCCUCUGCGUCAUCGCGGACAUCUUCUUCGGCUGGACCGCCACCGUGUGCCGCGAGCUCGGCAUCUUCCACGCCGUCUUCAGCGGCGCGAGCGGGUUCGGCCUCGCCUGCUACUACUCCCUUUGGGUCAACCUGCCUCACCGGAAGAAGCCGGAUUCCGUCGAGUUCGCGUUGCCGGACUUUGAAGAAGGGUCACCGGUCCACGUCUCGCAGGUGCCGCUGAACAUCCUCGAGGCCGACGGGACCGACCCGUGGUCGCAGUUUCAGACCCGGAACCUCUCCGCCUGGGUGGAUUCGAACGGAAUCCUUUUCAACACGGUGGCGGAGUUCGACGGCGUCGGGCUCUCCUACUUCCGGCGGAAGCUCGGCGUGGAGGUCUGGCCUGUGGGGCCUGUCCUCCUGCCCGCAAAAAGCCGCCGGUCCACGACGCCUUCGAGGCGGGGUGGCGCGAGCCCGGAACAGUGCAUAGCUUGGCUGGACACGAAGCCUCCGAGGUCAGUGCUCUACGUGUCGUUCGGCUCCAUGAACACCAUCACCGCCCCGCACAUGAUGGAGCUGGCGACCGCGCUGGAGUCCAGCGGCCGCGACUUCAUAUGGGUGGUGAGGCCGCCGGUCGGGCACGACAUAAACGCCAAGUUCGACGCCGGGGCGUGGCUGCCCGAGGGGUUCGAGCGGAGGACCGCAGGGAGGGGGCUGCUGGUGGAGAGGUGGGCGCCGCAGGCGGACAUACUGGCGCACGGGGCGGUGGCGGCGUUCCUGACACACUGCGGCUGGAACUCGGUGCUGGAGGCGCUGAGCAACGGGGUGCCGCUGCUGGGGUGGCCGAUGGCGGCGGAGCAGUUCUUCAACGCGAGGCUGCUGGAGGGGGGCGGGAUCGGGUCGUGCGUGGAGGUGGCGAGGGGGAGGAGCGGCGAGGUGAGGGGGGAGGAGCUGAGGGCGAAGAUCGAGAUGGUGAUGGGGGAGGAUACGGAGAGAGGGAGGGAGAUGAGGAGGAGGGCGAGGGAAGCGAGAGACAUGAUACAGAGCGCCACGAGAGACAACGACGACGACGACGACGACGACGACGCCGACGACGCCGACGACGACGCCGACGCCGACGCCGCUCAGAGGGGGACCCGGGGGUCGUCCGUGAGGGCACUGGACGAGUUCAUCGACGCCGCAAUGUCGAUGAGGGAGGAGGGUCGUGUCAAUGGACUGAAGAACUGCAACGGGCACGCGUCCAUUCCCAGCGUGUGAAAGGGUCUUCUUCUUGUGGCUUACAGAUUCAUUCACGAGCCAGCAGCAACUGCAAUCUUUCAAAUCUUUUCCGACAGUCUCGAAUCAUGUACCGAUACAUAAACGUUUGGCGCAUUUCACUUCAAUAAUAAUUAAUGAUCAUCAUCA